CCUCCGAGCCCCACUACUUCCUUCCUGUAUCCGGUAUGUCGCGCUCCAGGGAUCGCGCACCCGCGGACUCCCCGGCCCAGCUUGCCUCGGUUUCAGUUCAACACCGGCGUUUCCUACGUGCUCAAGUUCGCAGUGGUCGUGAUCCCCGUACACGAGUUGAAACCAGUGAGUUUAAUCCGAUUACCAUCGUUUUAGGCGCCAUUUCGCAACCCAAGCAAACAUCCGAAGGACAAUUAUCGGCUUAAGCAGAAGAUUUUUAGAAAUGAAAACACUGAGCGUAAUGGGUACCAUCGAUGAGGACUUGCUUCAGCAGUUGGGCACGCGGUAAAAAUAAGGAUCAAACCAUGACCAUUUCCAAACUUUGACUAAAAUCUUACGCCAAGCCAAAAUGACGGGGAAAGGCUUGACUGCUUCCAAAGCCUUCUUGUGCUGCUCUAACAUUGUAUUCCUGAUCUCAGGAUUCGUCCUGAUCUCGCUAGGGGCACUUCUACUUGCUGACAACGAGCGAAUCCUGCUAUCGCGUCUAUUGGGCCCCGGCGAUGCAACCCCUGAACAGCCUCUGUUUUACUAUUUGGCGUUCGCCAUUGUAGCAUUGGGAUUCCUGAUGGCUGCUACCGGACUUCUGGGUUGCUGGGCGUCGUGUCUCUAUAACCGUUGCGUAACCGUAACCUACGUAGCCCUGAUAAUUCUUUUACUCCUCGGAGAAUGCACUGUUUGUGUAUUGGCCGUGUUUUGGCCUCAUCUACUGGGUGUGGACGUCAGGACCGCGCGUCUUGUUCGGGCUCUACAACGCAGCUACGCGGUGGCUGGGCGAGAUCAAUUCACCGCUGCUCUUGAUCUGGCUCAAACCGCGUUCUCCUGCUGCGGUAUAAAUGGAAGCAGUAAUUACGGAACAUCUUGGUGGCGCCUCCAAGAAAUUGGUCGUCGUGAUCUGGUUGUCCCGCUGACUUGUUGCAUGCUGAACAACACGCUCCAGUCCGAGGCCUUCCUGAAUCCAGAACCGACGAAUUUAACUUUGUGCGAAACCCUGAAUCCAGCGGAGCAUCAGAAGGCUCGACAUACUCAGGGCUGCAUUGGACCGUUAGAAAAAUGGACUCAGGAUCAGGCGCUCAUUUUGCUUGGAGUUGGACUGGCGGUUGUUCUAGUUGAACUCUGCGCUUUACUCAGCACCUUUUUCGCCUGUUCCAAGCUCCGGAAGGAGGAUAAGCCACAGCCGUCAACCUAUACGUCAACGCGUGCUCUUGGAACAUUCAACGAAGCAGAUCACGACUACGGGAUAGAGAACAGAAUGCACAUGGCGGGGACAACUUUUGGUGCCAAGUCAUGAAGGCGGCUAGGGGACAGCGAGAUCGAGGGGACAACAAGGACGGAAGGGGUGCAGACGGAGCCGAGAG